ACACACACACACACACACUCACGCUGAGCAUCCAUUGUCUCCACUGAGGGAAGGUGUACAAACAGUCAACAGGUCAACAAAAUGUUUCUACGCCGCUGCACAAUUCUGCUGCUGAUCUGCUUAAUUGCUAGUGACGCGGCCAAUGCCGCACGCAAAACAAAACGUCCUGUCAAGCCGGUCAAGCAAACGAUUCCACGCACCAAUGUGACGCCCCCACCAGCGGCAGGUGCCCAAACGGCCACCACCAGCAGCAGCAACGCCGGCGGCAGCAGCUCCACAACAGCCGCCAGUGAGCAAGUCAAGGAAACAGCUCCCCUCAGCAGCAGUAGCCCUGCCGGAAGCAGUGAGCUACCCAAACCCCUGGUGACAACCAAUGAGGCCCAACCCGAAGCCAAGACAGACAAAUCUCCCGCCAGUCUGGAGGAAGAGUGCGAUCCAGAUAUGAUUGGCUUCGAAAUAAUCACCGGGUAUGUGCUAUCGGCUCCCGCCAAAAUGCUGGACACCCUUCCCGGCACCCUGAUGUUAACCGACUGUCUGGAGGCAUGCCAAAGCAAUGAAUCCUGCAGUGCUGUCAACUAUGAAACCGGCUUGUGUGUGCUUUUCAAGACAACUGCCGAUAAAUCGCCAGGUUCACUUUCGCGAUCACAGUUUCCUGUUUUCACCAUUUAUGCACAGAAAUCAUGUUUGGGAGUGCGUCCUUGCUCCAAGGCCUGGUGCGUUGAUCGCGUUCAAGGUUACCGACUGCCCGAACACGUCAAAUCUAGUCAGACUGUCUUGUCGCGUCGCGACUGCUUGGAGCUCUGCCUGGGCGAGUCGGAGUUUACCUGCCGCUCGGCCAACUACUAUCGCCACUCGGGACUGUGUGAGUUGUCUGAUAUGGACCGGAUUACCUUAUCAGCUGGCUCCAGUGUGGAACCCUACGAUGGUGCCGAUUAUCUGGAGAACAAUUGCGCCGAAGAGCCCAGCAAGUUGUGUGAAUUUAAGCGUAUUUCGGGAAAGAUCCUCAAAACCGUUGACUCUGUUUAUCAAGACAUCAAUACCAUUGACGAAUGCCGUGAUCUCUGCCUGAACUCACCCUACAGAUGCCACUCGUAUGAUUACAAUGACACUGGCGAUAUGGUGUGUCGUCUAUCCCAUCACAGCCGGGCCACUCUGACCGAUGUGAUGGAUCCCUAUUUGGAAGUGCCAGAAGCAGCCACCUACGAACUCUCCGCUUGCUAUAAUGUAUCCAUCGAGUGUCGGUCGGGUGAAAUGAUCACCAAGAUACGCACUUCGAAGCUGUUCGAUGGCAAGGUCUAUGCCAAGGGAGCUCCCAAAUCGUGCUCGGUGAAUGUGAACAACUCGCUGGAAUUCGACUUUCGCAUGGGCUACAAUGAUCUCGAGUGCAAUGUGCGUCAGAGUGCCUAUGGACGGUACAUGAAUGACAUUGUCAUCCAGCACCAUGACAUGAUUGUGACCUCCUCUGAUUUGGGUCUGGCCGUUUCCUGUCAAUACGAUUUGACCAACAAGACGGUGCUGAACGACGUUGACUUGGGAGUAACAGGCGAGAUUGAAUCAUCGUUAAGCGAAGAGAUCACCAUUGAUUCCCCAAAUGUCAUUAUGAAGAUCACUUCACGGGAUGGCAGCGAUAUGAAACGCAUUGCUGAGGUCGGAGAUCCACUGGCCCUGCGCUUUGAGAUCGUUGAGCAGAAUAGUCCGUAUGAGAUCUUUGUGCGGGAGUUGGUAGCCAUGGACGGCUCAGACAGUGCUGAGAUUACACUGAUCGAUGCUAAUGGCUGCCCCACCGACCAAUACAUCAUGGGCACCAUACAGAAGCUGUCGCACAAUCGCAAGGUGCUGCUCUCGCAAUUCGAUGCCUUCAAGUUCCCAUCCAGUGAGGUGGUUCAGUUCCGCGCCCUCGUCACGCCCUGCAUACCACGCUGCGAACCCGUCAUUUGUGAUAGCGAGGAUGGCGCCAGUGGUGAGCUGAAGUCCCUAGUCUCCUACGGACGCAAGAAGCGCUCGAUAGUUAAUAGCACCGAUGGAGGCGAGUUCUUGGUUAGCACACGCCAGCGACGGGAUGUGAGCCCAGCCGAUGAUAACAUACUGCUCGUGCAGUCCAUACAAAUCACAGACAAGUUUGGCUUCCAAUCCGAGGACGGUGGCAAUGCUAGUGACGUUGAAGCCCGACCCCAUGAGAAGGCCUAUGCGGGCGUGGCCCUGGACAAGCUCACUUGCCUUAAUGGCUAUGGUCUCGUAUUUGCUGGUGCUCUCUUCCUGCUGGCCCAACUGAGCAUUUUUGGCAUUUGGAAAACCGUUCAGAGGCGCACACGUAAGGAGCGCUACUUGUACCACCACGAUCCGACGCCCACUAUCACCUACGGAGCACCCACCAUGCUGUACGGCCCCCCACCGCCGCCACCCUCGUCGGCAGCAUCCUCCCACAUGGGCAGCGCCAAGGACACGCUGAGCAAACUCUAUGACAGCGGCAUCAAUGGGCGCUAUGGCCAACAGUACUAGGUGGAAUGCACCCAGUGUGUUUUGGCUAACUGAUGGGCUAGUGGCUCUCACAUUUUGCUGGGAACAAACGCAAUAUGCCUCGAAAGCUUCAAAAGAUUCGAUGAGACUUGAUAAAUGAAAAUAUUCGCUCCAACAGCGAACGUUGGACCAACCAUUUAAUAACUUAGCUUACAUUAAAGACAUAGUCUAGGCUUAAUCCAUAGGUAAUCAUA